AGCUGCUCCUCAAGAAAAUAAGAAAGUUAGAUCUUUCAGUUUCCCACUACUGUAGAACCAAAAAUACUGUAGUUAACAUCUCUUAUUGUAGAACUGUGGUGGUGGGGUUUUAGACAUUAAUGUGAUUGCUUCUUCGAAUUCUCUUAAAUAUAGGAUUCCCAUUCGUUUUAGAGUUUUAUCCAAUUUCUUCGCUUCUUUCAUUUUCAUCUUCUGAAACUGAAAGAAGUGAAGAAAUUUAGUACAGUGAGUUCAGAAAAUGAAAGUUUUAUGGGGUUUUUGCGUUUUUGUUUUUGUUAUGUGUAAAUGGGUUAAUGGGUUUUUAGAGUUAGAUGAGUUGAAUGUAACUGAGGUUGCAUAUGUGGAGGAAGGUUAUCAUGGAGAUAUUGUUCAACCAUUAAUGGUGGGUCUUACUCUCAUUCCAGGAGCUGUUGCUAAAGGAGCUGUUUGUUUAGAUGGAACACCACCUGGUUACCACAUUCAUCAUGGGUAUGGGUCAGGGGCAAACAGUUGGCUCAUCCAAUUGGAGGGAGGAGGCUGGUGCAAUACAGUUAGAAAUUGUGUGUAUAGGAAAACAAGCCGGCGUGGUUCAUCAAAAUUCAUGGAGAAAGAAAUACCGUUUGUAGGAAUUUUGAGCAAUAAAGCUGAAGAAAAUCCUGAUUUUUUCAAUUGGAAUAGAGUCAAGCUUCGUUAUUGUGAUGGUGCAUCUUUUAGUGGGGACAGUUACCAUAAGGAAGGAGCCCUUCAAUUUCGUGGGAAGCGUAUCUGGUUAGCUGGCAUGGAAGAAUUAAUGCAUAAGGGAAUGCACUCUGCCAAACAGGCACUUCUUUCUGGGUGCUCUGCAGGGGGUCUAGCAUCUAUACUACAUUGUGAUGAGUUUGCAGAAAUGUUUCCAAGAACUACGAAAGUGAAGUGCCUAAGUGAUGCUGGGAUGUUUCUUGAUGCAUUUGACGUAUCCGGAGGGCAUACUCUGAGAAAUAUGUACGGAGGUAUUGUUAGCUUACAGCAACUGGGGAAGAAUUUACCUCGGACGUGCACUAAUCACCUUGACGCAACAUCGUGCUUCUUCCCUCAGAACUUGAUUGCCAGCAUCAAGACUCCAAUGUUUAUUUUAAAUGCCGCCUAUGAUGCCUGGCAGGUUCAAGCCAGCUUAGCCCCACCAUCCGCCGAUCCUCAUGGUUACUGGAAUGAAUGUAAAAAAAAUCAUGCGAGAUGUACUUCAGCACAGAUCCAAUUUCUGCAAAAUUUCAGGAAUCAAAUGCUCAAGGCCAUCAAGAACUUCGCUAGGCCCAAACAAAAUGGUUUAUUUAUCAACUCAUGCUUUGCUCAUUGCCAGAGCGAGAGACAGGAUACGUGGUUUUCCGACAAUGCUCCUGUCGUUAAAAACAAGGGUAUUGCAUUAGCAGUAGGAGACUGGUAUUUUGACAGAACAGGAGUGAAGGAGAUCGACUGUCCUUACCCCUGUGACAAGAGUUGCCAUAAUCUGGUUUUCAAGUAAACAAAAGUAUAGUUUAUACCAUCAUCAAAUCGAUGAUACUAUCCCCAAUCUUUAAUUGUUCCUUCUUAGCCCCUUGCCCCCCAAUAUCUUAAUUGCAAGUAAUUGCCUCAUUUUAUUAAACACUUGGGUAAAAAAUAAGGCAGUAUAGCUUUGAGAAAUGGUAACUAAGUUAUUACAAGGAAGCUUUUGCACACCCUUAGUGCACAAUCCAGCACAUGAAAUUAUUUAAGAUGAGCUCCUGCAAUGUGCAAGGCUCGUUUCUGUAAUUCAUAAAGAAACCAAAUGUAUCGAUGCUAAAGAAGUUCAAUAUAUCCAAAUCUAAAUUUCAUGUUAUGAUUUUA